UGAGGUUGGCUCUCCUGAUUCACCUCAGGCAAUAUCUGACUACAGGAUCUUCCUACCCCUUUGUUGUUGCACAUAUCUAACUAAUUGUCGGUUUCAUUCGGGGUUGGCUACUACUCAGUUUCCGGGUCACUUUAAAGUUGAAUUUCAUUCAUUCCACUUACGCUUUGGGAGUAACCGGCUUCAUAUAGCGUUAAACUAUCUAAUACUCAGAGCACGGGCAACCUACAUCUUGGCUAACCUAAUCCCCAUUUACUUCCUCCAAGACGAAACAAGAGACCAUCUUGGCCCGAACUUCUCAAGGGGUAACCAUUGUAAUUCUCUAUUUUCAACGCGAUAGGAUCCAAUAAGAAGGACCAUUACCAUCUACCGAAGUGACGGGGAACUUAUCACAAAAAUGGACUUCAAAAAAUCCCUGGAGGAACCUCCUCCUUAUACCGCCGUCCCAACUAAUGUUGGUGCUCUGGAUGAGUUCCAAUUGAACACAUUGACCUCUCAUCUACAAAGACAUGUGGCCACUCUCCCGGGUCGCAUCCGUGAAACCCAGGAAGCACGGAGAGCAGAGCAAACGAUUAGCGAUGCCUCCUUGCUAGAUCACAUCGUCCCCAUCGUCGAAGAAUUCUUAGCAGACUUAGCAAAUCGACAUGGGCGCGUUCCGUUAGCUUCGCUCACUCUAGUCCCAGAUACAGCUGUUCCGAAAAACGCUAUGCUUAGUGGCCUGGAAGACAUGAAGCGUCGCGGAGAACUCUGUCGCAUUUCAAGAGUUUCUAUAUACACGCCCGGGAAAGACUCGAAAUCUAGCUCUGGUAUCUCGAAACCUCGGUUUAACAGCGAAGACCCAGAUUGGGCACCCGGCCAGGAGUUUACUGACUGGGGACGGUUCGGCGAGUCGAGUUUCUCGACAGACGAGACUACCGAAAAGCAGAAGGCGCUCUGGUGGCAGGAUGAAGAAAUGGCUCACCGCUUGGCUAGCUACCUACAACCAAAGAGAGAAAAGAAACCACCUGCCGAACUCAACUCAAUAGUCGAGGCUGUAGUUGAGCAUCGAAUACCGCAGAAAAAGAAGAGAGGAUGGAAUUUAGGAAAGCGUACGAGUGAUAAAGAAUCGCCGGAGCCGCCUACAUCAGGACCUUCCAUAACUCAUGUUGCGAAAAACAAGCCGGAUGAAGCCGAAAUGACGGUUACAGUCCAAGAAGUCGCAUUUCGACGAGAGAAUGAAUUCGGUAUAUGGGAGAGUAUUCGUGGGUGGGGCAUCGUUGUAGUCGUGAGGGUCGGAACAUGAUGCCCAAUCGUCUUGGCUGGUGAAUACCUAGGUGCCUAGGCCGUAUAGGUAGUAAAUAUUGAAACGAUGUACAUAUGCCCAGGUACUUAGGGUACUGCGAGUGCGGCGGUGCAGCUCCCGAAUUUUCGGAAUGACGUUGCCGAAGGAUGGCCCCCUAUCCGAUGUCCAAAAGCAAAACUUGGGGGC